AUGAUUGGCCCUAACGAGAGCAGCAAUGCCGACCGCUUGGAGUACCUGUACCUCAACCUGGUCGGCCAGACGGUGCUGAUCCACACCGUGGACGGGGCCCUGUGCGAAGGUCUCUUCGUUUCGCGAACCGACGCCGAUGUGGCCGCGGACGAGGCGGGUGUGUUCAUUUCUUUCCCGCGCAACCUGCCCUCGGUGGUGCACAGCGCCCUCGACGCAUCGGAGCUUUCUGACGAGACGCGCCUCUUCCGGUACGAGGACAUCAUGAUGAUGGAGGCCAAGAACAUGAAGUUACGCACCGAGACCCCGGGCGCCGGCCACGUGCACUCCUACCGCGGCGAGCACGACCUCAAGACGCUGGACUGGGCUGCCGAGGGUGCGGAUGAGCUGCUGGAGGCUGAUAGCCACGUCACCGGCCAGUGGGAUCAAUUCAAGGCGAAUGAGCGGUUCGGCGUCGCCUCGACCUACCGCGAAGAACUGUACACAACGAAGCUGGAUGAGUCGAAGCUCAGCAAGGAGCAGAUCGCCUACGCCGAACGCACCGCAAAGGAAAUUGAGGGCUCCGGAACGCGCAACCUGCAGCACCGCCUCGAACGCACCGAUGUGACGACCGAGUAUGUGGAUGAGGGCUCUAUGUUCUCCGAUGUGGCACGCGACGCUCGUGGAGGCAAACGCAAUGUGCCGGCCACGCGCAAGGAGGUCGCUGCGGCAGCGCCAGUGGCGUCGGCUGUACCAGCCACCACUGCGGCAGCAACCACAGCCACAGUGGGUCGUGGCACAACUCGUCAAGCUGCGCCAGCGCCGCCGCCACCAGAGGAGCCCGUCACCUUGCCACCGCCACCGGUGCCUGAAGUCAGUGCGGUGCAGCACAAGACGGUGUACAGCCCCAACCCGUCGGCCACCCCGUUUGUGCCGCCGCUGAAGAGUUUCCUGGCGAACGUGGCCCACCUAGUGGCAAACAACGACAACUGCUACGCGUGCCCAACGGACUGGCCUGGCGACAUCGACUUCUACGACCGCGACGUGUCACACUACUCACGUCCGCAGGCGCCGAUGCAGCCGAAUAUGCACCACAAGUACAACCAGCCCGUCAUGAACCCCAUGCCGGGUCGCGGUGCCCCCAUGAACCACCACCAGCACCACGCUAUGAACCCGCAUCCCGCAGUGUACAACACAAGCGGCUCGAUGGGGGGGCACAUAGGCAACCCACACCUACAGCAGCAGCACCCUCAGUACAUGGAUCCUGGCAACAACAACAACGGCAUGAUGCCGCCGCAGGGGCCAGGUGCUAUGCCAGGUCCAUCCCCGGCACGUAUGCAGCAGCAGCGCACGAAGACGUCGCAACCUCAGCAACCGGUCCACACAGCCACACAGUCCAUCCCGCCUCCUCAGCAACAACAGCCCCACCAGCAGCAACAGGUGUCGGCAAUUGAUAGCAGUGGCCCUCAGCAGGACCGUGCUGUCUCGGGCGCCAAGAAACUGCGCCGCGGUGGUAUGGCCGCUGCGGCGCGCCAGGACGGGGGAGAGGGCGCGCAGGGCGGAAACAAGAAGAGUGCGAAGUAA